ACAGCGCUAACGGGGGCAAACUUGUAUGUAUGUGCUGUGUGCACUUCUCUCUUGGUCCCGUUCACAGACGAUCGAGAAGAUGCUGAGCCGACUGAUGAGCAGCAGCAUCAGGAGUCUGGACAGGGAAUGCAACUGCACCGUGAGGCUGCUGGACGACUCGGAGUACACCUGCACGAUUCAGCGGGAUGCCAAGGGCCAGUACUUGUUUGACCUCAUCUGCCACCAUCUCAACCUGCUGGAGAAGGACUACUUUGGUAUCAGAUAUGUCGACCCGGACAAGCAGCGACACUGGUUGGAGUUUACAAAGUCAAUUUCCAAGCAGAUGAAAUCCCAGCCACCGUUCACCAUGUGUUUGCGUGUGAAGUUUUACCCACCUGAUCCAGCUGCCCUGAAAGAGGAAAUCACCAGAUAUCUCGUCUUCCUGCAGGUUAAGAGGGAUCUCUAUCACGGUCGCCUGCUGUGCAAGACAUCAGACGCGGCUCUGCUGGCUGCCUACAUAUUACAAGCUGAAAUUGGUGACUAUGACCCUGGGAAACACCCAGAGGGCUACAGUUCCAAGUUCCAGUUCUUCCCCAAGCACUCGGAGAAACUGGAGCGGCGGAUUGCUGAGAUCCACAAGACUGAGCUGAUAGGUCAGACUCCAGAGACAUCAGAACUCAACUUUCUUCAGAAGGCUCAGAUGCUGGAGACAUACGGAGUGGACCCGCAUCCAUGCAAGGAUGUGUCGGGAAAUCCAGCUUUUCUGGCUUUCACUCCUUUUGGAUUCACUGUGCUGCAAGGAAACAGGAGGGUGCAUUUCCUCAAGUGGGACGAAGUGACCAAGCUCAAGUUUGAAGCAAAGACAUUCCAUAUAUAUGCAAAUCAGAAGGAGGACAAGAAGAUCAUAUUGACGUACUUUGCACCGACACCAGAAGCCUGUAAGCAUCUGUGGAAGUGUGGAGUAGAGAAUCAAGCCUUCUACAAGUUGGAGAAGUCAAGUCAAGUUCGGACUGUCUCCAGUAGUAAUCUCUUCUUCAAGGGUAGUCGCUUUAGAUACAGUGGAAAAGUUGCAAAAGAAGUAAUGGAACAAAGUGCCAAAAUCAAGAGAGACCCCCCUGAGAUCCACAGGGCUGGCAUGGUGCCAAGCCGGAGUUGUCCAUCUAUCACACACGGCCCUCGUUUGACCAGCGUGCCCAGGACCCGACGGAGAGCUGUGCACAUCUCCAUCAUGGAGGGGCUGGAGUCCCUCAGAGACAGCGCCCACUCCACGCCCGUGCGCUCCGUCUCCCACGGCGACUCCUUCAUGUCCUCCCGGGGUCAGAUGGUGGACGGGAGCGAGGCCAGCACGUCGGCGGUCAUCUCCGACGAGGCCUACAGCCCCUCGGACAGCGUGCUGCCCACGCCCGUGGCAGAGCACGGGGCGGACAUGCCUCUGGCUCGCCACAUCAACGGCGCUCCCUGCAGCGUCGACGAGGAGAAGGAUUCGGAGGCGGGGGCCUUGAAGGAGGGGCACGCCGGGGAGUUUGGGCCCGGCAGGAGAGCGCUGCGCAUGGUCAAAAGCAGGCAGUCGCAGUCCAGCGACGUGGAGGAGCUGAACAAGUUCGUCCUGAGCGUGCUGCGUCUGUUCCUGGUCACCAUCGGCCUGCUGUUCGCCCUGCUGCUGCUCCUCAUCAUGCUGACGGAGUCGGACCUGGACAUUGCCUUCCUGAGAGACAUCCGCAAGACGCCUGAAUUUCAGCAGUUCCACUUUGAGUACUUCUGCCCCCUGCGGCGCUGGUUCGCCUGUAAGUUACGAUGGAUGGGAGGCUUCCUCGUCAGCAAGUGAAGCCCAGCGAGAAAGACUGAAGGGGACAGUGAGGGACUGAUUCCAGGCCUCUGCUGCUGGAGAUGGGACGCAUACAUGAAACAGGGCGGAAGAUGGACGAGAGACGAGACAAACGAUGACAGAACUGUUCAUCAUAUCAGAUCAGCUUCUCCAAAGGAGUUCCUGUCACAAGCCAAGGACUGUUCCCUGAAGAGCCUUGUUUGUUACAUCUGACCAUCGACACAAGGGAAGGAAAUCACUUUUUACUUUACAAAUUCAGGUCAUCUUAAGGUAUUUUAUUUUUACACAAAUCACAACGACAAGGUUUCGUUCAAGCACUGAACCUUACGCAAUCACAGACAAUAGUCGCCUUUAUUUUUAUAUUAAUUUAUAUGUUGUAACAUCAGUGUGAGACAGAGUGUCCUGAAGUGUUGGGGUGUGUGCUUCUGAGAGUUUGAGCGACGUCUUGAGAGGUGGUGAAACGAACGAGCACAGCUGCAUCCGUGAUGAUCGCCUGCUUUAUCAUCACGGAUGCCAUUCAGAGAAGGACUCGAGUCGGGGAAGGGUGUCGAGAAAGUGUGGAUAAAAAGCAGCGCCUGAAUGUAGAUGAGUCCAGAGUCAAGUAUUUGAAAUGUUGCUGUUCUAUACAGUACCUGAGCAGAUAUACACUUUACAGAACUUCACAGAUGUGCUUCACGUCUGUCAUCGGUGUCAGUGGUGGUAGCUUUCUGAGCCGGGGUGAUGAGGCUACUGCCCUGUCAGGGGACUCAAAAGAGUAUUUUCAUAGCAAGUGUGACCUUGUUUGUGGUCUGUUCAGUGUGCUCACAUCCCUUUUUUUUUUUUGGACACUAGUACUAAUAACAUUUUACUGUACAAUGACUAUAAAUUAAGCAUUUUUUUAGGGUUAGAAGUAAUUAAUGGGGGCAAUAGGUUUACUGUUUAUAAAAUAGCAGCCAAAUAAUGCUGAUGACUACAAUCAAGAUCUGCGUGGGAGGAACAGUUGUCACUUUGCUAUAGUUGAUUUUACAGUAGUUGUGAGUAUGGUGGGACUGUGUGAGCUAGCACUGUUGUGGUAAUCAAGUGGUUGGUUAGUUUUUAACUCCCACAAUCUGUAGAAAGAGUUUAUCUUCACGUCAAUACCGAAAUUAUAAAAAGAACAAAGUUCCCGUCCAACAAGUGAGAAUUGACCCUGUUACUUUUGUAAAUUACAUAAAUUUAUGCUAUUUUCCCCUCAGUAUGUAGUUAGGAGUUUUUAGUUCAGUUCUCAUUGAGUAGAAACAGUUUAAUUUAGCCUGGCUGUGUUCAGAUUGAUGCGUUUAUCAAUAUAGAGUAUAUUAUUGAUCCUGUUUCCAUUUUUGUACAAACCGCUGUCUCGUCACCUCAGUGAGAUAUCCUCAAAGUGACUUUUACUGUACUUGAAAUGUUAUUUUUUUGAAGUGUAUUUGUGGAUUUCCUACCCUGCUCUCACAAAAUAGCCUAAGAUAAGUCAUGUUUACGUCCAGUCGCCAACUUCAUCGUCACGCCUACCAAAGAAACCUCUGUUGUCUCGUUCCCACGCUGGUUUGUGUCAACAGAUGGAAACUCUUAAUAGUCUGCUAUCCUUUCUCCAGCCUUAUCGCUCCAGAUAUUUCACAGGUUAGCCUGCAGCCUGCUGUCCCAGCACAAAGCAACAGAAUCAAACCGUGAAGUCAGUUUUGGUGGGGAAGUGUUGGACGUCUUAUCGAGCUCAUGGGUGCCUGUUUGAGAUCACAGGUAUAUACAGCACUAAUAAAUACAUUUAUUUUAUACAAGAAGGAGGUUUAAAAAGUGGCUACCAACCCAGGAUUUGCACAUAUCGAAGAAACUGUAUAGACGUCGUCAUCGCCCCAGUCACCACCGUGCAAGGAGACACGCGUGCAAAUAGAGCAGUGGUUUGGGAACCACCGGUUUAGGAGGACUGAAGGGUUGAGGUCAGAGGUCUGCAACCGUUUCUGUGACUUCCCACCAAAUGAGACGUAAGUGGAGCCGCAAAACACGUUUAACCUUUAAAAUGAGGCAAACAGCUUCUGAAGUUUCAACUACAGUAUAAUUUUCAUAUUCACACGUAAACUGUAUUUUACGUUGUAUUUAUGAAGUUUCAAUUACAAUUCAGGACAGUAAACAUUUUCUUGCAUUUUUCAGCA